AUGUCUAGAGAUAAUCAACAUGAAGACGUGGAUUUUGAUGUUAAGCUAACUCAAACUUGUUUGCAUGAAACUGAUACUCCUGAUAGAAAUGAAGUCAGUGUACGUUUAAGUAAUUCAAUGUAUGUUCACUUGAUAUCAGUUUCACAUGAACAGCUAUUAUGGAAACUACUUCUUAUGUUCAAGUUAUGUACUCACAAGGAUUUACUGCUUAAAGUGCAUUGUGGUCUUGUAUUUUCUAAUAUAAAGUCACAUGAAGUACAUGUGCUUUGUACUAUCAAAUUUUUAAACAUGUUUUAUGUGUUUUCGAAAGGUUGUAGUCACUUGUUCAUCAUUCAUAAUUUACACUUAUUAUUAUUAUUAUUAUCAUCAUCAUCAUCAUCAUCAAAAAGAGCUUGUAAAAAAAACAUCCCUCAUUUGAAUUUUUUAAAGAAUCUAGAAAAUUUAUUCAAGAGAAUUGUGAUGAACAGAUGUAAUUACUUCCCACCACCAGCACCACCACCACCACCAUCAUCAUCAUCAUCAUCAUUAUCAUCACCACCAUCAUUAUCAAACCUAUUUCCUCAAGAAAGGGAAUAA